GCGCCGCCCCGGCCGCCGUGCUCCGCGCUGUGCUCCCGCCGUGCUCCGAAGCGGCUCGAGCGCGGGAGUUCAGGGGCUGCGCUGUUGGGCAGCGCACCGGCGGAUGCCGUGAGGUUGGACGUGCGCGGUGACCACGACCGAGGGAACGAUGGACGACCAGGAGGGAAGCGUGAAGUCGGUGACGUUCCAGUCGAUGACUCUGCCACCGCUCGGCCGCGGCGGCUCCAGCGGCGCCGGCCUGCGGACGCCAGUGCGCUGCCUGCGGCUGUUCGUGUUCGCCUUCCUGGUGCCGGCCGCGCUGAUCGCCGUUCCGCUGUACCAGCGGCGCGUCACGCUGGCGCCGCGGCUCUUCACACUCACGGCCACCGACAUGCGGAGCGUGCUGGAAGGCAUCUCCAGCGUCUGGUGCGAG